GGGCCGGGCCGGGGAUGCACAGCGCCCGCCUGGACGGCGGCCUCGGCCAGCGCCGCGCCGAGCCGCGCCGCUGCCGGGAGCACAUGCCAGGCACGAGGCCGGCUGCCCAUGACCCCCGCAGGCCGCCCGCCCCCCAGCGCCCCAGCUCGGCCUGCAGCGAGGAGGACGAGGGGGGCCUGGCCGCCCGCUCGCCCCCCGCCAGCGAGCGCAGCCUGGAGUUUGACUCGGGCUACUCGGAGACGUCGGGGGGCACGUGGCGAGAAGAGGAGGUGACGGUGCUGCGACGGCACCCGCCGCCCUGCCACCGGGCGCACCAGCUCUCCGCCGGCGCCGGGGGCCCCGCGCCCGCCCGCCGCGCCCGCCCCAAAUCCACGUCGGACGCCUGCCUGGAGCAGUGGCGGGCGCUGGAGCCAGCUGAUGGGCAGGACUGGACGGUGUCGCUGCUGUCACAGAGCCGCAACCGGCAGCCCCUGGUGCUGGGGGACAACUGCUUCGCCGACCUGGUGGAGAACUGGAUGGACCUGCCCGAGGUGGGCGCCGAGCCCCGGCACCGGCCAGCCGCCGAGCCCUCGCGCCGGCUGGGCAAGCCGCCCGCCUUCCUGCUCAGCCUCUCGGGAAACGUGCGCCGCAAGCUGGCCAGCAUGGCCCGGCCCCGAGGGGCCGAGGGUGCCCGGCCGGGGAGCCGUGACCCGGCCAAGCGCCUGUCCUGCCCGCUGGGGCUGGGCGGGCAGCCCAAGGGCGCCUGCUUCCACCAGUCCCACAGCAACAUUGCCCAGCUGGCUACGGACUUCCACCGCUUCGCCGCCCUCAUGAACAGCCGCAGCCGCCAGCCCAUCAUCUGCAACGACGUGAUCGGCUACAUCUAGCCCUGCCCGUCCCCUCCUCCGCUGUAAAUAAACCCCAGUUUUGUAUGGUA